AUGUUCAAGAACAUGUCAAACAGAAUUGACAAUAUUGUUCUUUGUGUACUGUUGUUUUGUGUUCAUGUCGCAAUAGUUUCUGCAAAAUCAAAUUGGCUAAGCCAUGGUGGGGAUUUGUACAACCAAAGAUACGCGAACAAAGAACACAAAAUUAGUCCGGAAAAUGCUCAUAAACUAAGAUUGAAGUGGAAAUUCUUUGCAGGGCAAGAUAUAACGGCGACACCGACAGUAUAUGAUGGCGUAAUUUAUUUUCCGAGCUGGAAUGGUAAUAUUUAUGCAUUAAAAGAAGAUGAUGGGUCAGUUGUUUGGGAGAAAAAUUUGAAGGAAUUGACAGGUUUAAAUGCGAGUGUGUUUAUUUUUAAUGCAAAUGGAACAGUUUCUAGAGUGAGUCCAAGUGUGGCCGGAGAUUUGUUGAUUCUCGGAAUUUAUGGGCCUGCUGUUAUUAUUGGUUUGAAUAGAACAAAUGGUGAGCUUGUUUGGUUGACAAAGUUGGAGACUCAUUAUAGAUCAUUUAUUACCAUGUCUGGAACAUAUUACAAUGGGAGUUACUAUGUUGGGGUAUCUUCACUAGAAGAACAAGUAGCGAUUGAUAAAUGUUGCACAUUUCGCGGAAGCUUUGUAAAACUUGAUGCUAAAACCGGUGACAUCUUAUGGCAAACCUAUAUGCUGCCAGAUAACAAAGGAAAACGAGAUCAAUACGCAGGAGCCGCUAUCUGGGGAAGUAGUCCUUCCAUUGAUGUUCAUAGAAAACAUGUUUAUAUUGCCACUGGAAAUCUCUAUUCAGCCCCCCAACACAUACUUGAUUGCCAAGAAAGACAAAAUAAUCAAACUACUCCGGUUUCAACAGACGAGUGUAUCGAACCGGAAAACCACUCGAAUUCGAUGCUGGCGCUUGAUUUGGACACCGGUGAUAUCAAAUGGUUCAAACAAUUAGGAGGCUUGGAUGUAUGGUUUAUAGCAUGUAACAACGCGUCAACUCCUGAUUGUCCGCCUCAAGGUCCGUUACCAGAUUCUGAUUUCGGAGAGGCGCCGAUAAUGUUAACUACACAUAUAAAUGGAACAAAGAAAGAUAUUGUUUUUGCGGUUCAGAAAAGUGGAUUUGCAUGGGCAUUGGAUCGCGACAAUGGAACCCUUCAAUGGUUUCAGCAAGCUGGGCCUAGCGGAAACGGAGGAGGUGGAAUAUGGGGUGCAUCAACUGAUAAGAAGAGAGUUUAUACAAACAGUGCAAAUUCAGAAAAACAUAAUUUCCAACUUUUACCAUCAAGCAAGAACACAACCACGGGAGGAUGGGUGGCAAUGGAUCCUAGAAAUGGAAAAAUUCUUUGGUCCACAGCUAACCCUGGAAAUAGUACUGUCAGUGGCCCUGUUAGUGUGGCAAAUAAAGUUUUAUUUGGUGGAUCCACUGAUUUAUCUGGACACUUAUAUGCGAUUAACGCCAGAAACGGAAAAAUUCUAUGGUCGUAUGCAACCGGAGGUAGUGUCUAUGGAGGAAUGUCAAUCAACAAUGGAUGUGUUUAUUCAGGUCAUGGAUAUAAUGUCUCUCUAGGAGUUUUCUCUAACUAUACCGGUGGAACCUCGCUUUUCGCCUUUUGUGUCUAA